AUGUGGAACAACGAUGGUACGACUAUAGCUCCUCCUGGUACGGACGGUUCAAGGAUGCUGACACCCGCUGAGUUUCCUUCUUACACGGCACAGCCCGCUGAGUUUUCUAAUCGGAAUCCUCCGACGGAACCGAAUCUCGAGGAGGCGGAGGCGAAACUUGAGAAGAAGGCCAGAGUAUGGAUGCAGCUAAAUUCCAAACGGUACGGCGAGAAGAGAAAGUUUGGGUUCGUGGAAACUCAGAAGGAAGACAUGCCACCUGAGCACGUUAGGAAGAUCAUCAGGGAUCAUGGUGAUAUGUCAUCGAAGAAACACCGUCUUGAUAAACGUGUGUAUCUUGGAGCACUUAAGUUCGCCCCUCACGCAGUUUUUAAGCUCCUGGAGAAUAUGCCUAUGCCCUGGCAGCAGGUCCGAGACGUGAAGGUCUUGUAUCAUAUCACCGGAGCUAUUACUUUUGUGAACGAGGUACCAUGGGUUGUGGAGCCUAUUUACAUGGCUCAGUGGGGUUCUAUGUGGAUAAUGAUGAGAAGGGAAAAGAGGGAUCGUCGUCAUUUCAAAAGAAUGCGUUUUCCACCAUUUGAUGAUGAGGAGCCUCCUCUAGACUAUGCUGAUAACCUGUUGGACGUUGAUCCCCUGGAGCCUAUUCAAUUGGAGCUUGACGAGGAAGAAGAUUCUGCUGUAUACUCUUGGUUUUACGACCACAAGCCACGUGUCAAAACUAAACUGAUCAAUGGUCCAAGUUACCGGACGUGGAAUCUCUCGCUUCCAAUUAUGUCAACCCUUCACAGACUUGCAGCCCAGUUGUUGUCUGAUUUGGUUGAUCGCAACUACUUCUACUUGUUUGACAUGCCAUCCUUCUUCACAGCAAAGGCACUGAACAUGUGCAUACCAGGUUACACGAUCGUCCUUCUAAAGAAUCUUGGACGGUUAACCCGACUUUGGCUAAAGGCUGAACAGGAACGACAGCAUAAUUUUCAGAAAGAUGGUCCAUAUGUCACUGCGGAUGAAGGAAUUGCAAUAUAUAGCACCACUGUUAAUUGGCUGGAGUCUAGAAAAUUUUCACCAAUCUCUUUCCCCCCGUUAUCAUAUAAACAUGACACAAAGUUGCUUAUCUUGGCCCUUGAGAGACUGAAAGAGUCAUAUAGUGCAGCUGUGAAGUUGAAUCAGCAGCAGAGAGAAGAGCUUGGUUUAAUUGAACAGGCUUAUGACAAUCCUCAUGAAGCUCUAAUGCGAAUAAAGCGUCAUCUUCUCACUCAGCAUAGUUUCAAAGAAGUUGGCAUAGAAUUUAUGGAUCAAUUACUGAUGCCUAUCAAAUUGAUCCCCUAGAGAAAAUUACUGAUGCCUAUCUUGAUCAAUAUUUGUGGUACGAGGGUGACAAGCGCCACUUGUUUCCCAACUGGAUAAAACCUGCAGACUCAGAGCCUCCACCGCUUCUGGUUUACAAAUGGUGUCAAGGUAUCAAUAAUUUGCAAGGCAUAUGGGACACAGGUGAUGGUCAGUGUGUGGUGAUGCUCCAGACGAAGUUUGAAAAACUCUUUGAGAAGAUUGACUUUACAGUGUUGAACAGCCUUCUUCGUUUGGUUCUUGACCCCAAGCUUGCAAACUAUGUGACUGGCAAGAAUAACGUGGUGCUGUCUUACAAGGAUAUGAGCUAUACUAAUACGUAUGGACUCAUUAGGGGACUGCAGUUUGCAUCGUUUGUUGUUCAAUUUUAUGGACUAGUGCUAGAUCUUUUGCUUCUUGGUUUGACUCGAGCGAGUGAAAUUGCGGGGCCAUCGCAGAGGCCUAAUGAGUUUAUGACCUAUUGGGAUACAAAAGUUGAGACACGUCAUCCCAUAAGACUGUAUUCUCGUUAUAUAGACAAAGUGCAUAUAAUGUUUAAAUUUACCCAUGAAGAGGCUCGGGAUCUUAUUCAACGUCAUCUAACCGAGAAUCCUGAUCCCAACAAUGAAAACAUGGUGGGAUAUAACAAUAAAAAGUGCUGGCCAAGAGAUGCAAGGAUGAGGUUGAUGAAAC